AUGGAGACGUUUUAUGGAGGACUGAAUAGAGCAUCGCAGAUGGCAGCAGACGUAGUAGCAGCUGGUGGACUAAUGGACAAAUCUUACACUGAGGCUAAAGAGAUACUAGACCGCAUUGCUAAACACAAUAUGGAAUGGGUGGAUGAUACGUAUGAUGGAGGAGCUGACAGGAAGAAGGGAUCUCAGAACGUUAAUUUUAUCGAUUCCAACGCAAUAGCCACACUUUUUGCUCAAGUGGCUAUGAUGACCAGCCUUCUACAGAACAUAACGCUGGGAAACGUAUCAAAUCAACAGAAGGUGAUUCAAAUAGAGGCGUUUGGGCAGCCCAUGGUUAGCUGUGUGGGCUGUGGAGAUCCUCACUCCUAUGCUGAAUGUCCACAAAACCCUCAGUUAGGAGGGCAGAUAACGAGUGAGUUGAAAAACAGGCAGCCUGGAGUUCUACCUAGCAAUACUGAAAUACCUGGGAACAAUAAUGGAAAGGAGCAAUGUCACGUGGUGACGUUGCGAAGUGGAAGAGCUCUUGAAGAAAGAAGAAUGAAUUCAAGAAAUAGCAGUCCUUUGAAAGAAUGCAUCACACGUUCAAUGGAUCAGGAAGAAAGAAUGCCCGAGACUAGAAGCCAUUCAGAACCCAAGGCUUUGGAGCAGAUGUCAACAUAUGUCAAUUUUUUUAAGGACAUUUUGACAAAGAAGAGAAGAGUUAGUGAGAAGGAAGUAAUAGCGCUAAAGAAGGAGUGUAACGCGUUAGUAAGCAAUAGUCUACCAAAGAAGCAGAAAGACCCUAGGAGCUUCACAGUUCCUUGUUCGAUAGGAGGAUUGAAUGUGGGUCAUGCGUUGUGCGAUCUAGGAGCCAACAUUAAUCUUAUGCCACUUUCAAUUUUUAAGAAAUUGGGGAUUGACGAAGCACAACCUACUUCUGUUACUCUUCAGCUCGCUGAUAGAACAAUUAAGUACCCAGAAGGGAAGAUUGAAGACGUUCUAGUGAAGGUUGACAAUCUCAUAUUCCCAGCAGACUUUAUUAUCUUGGACUAUGAAGCAGAUAGGGAGGUACCAAUUAUCCUUGGACGCCCCUUCUUAGCUACUGGGAAAGUUUUAAUUGACAUGCAUAAAGGCGAAUUAACUAUGCACGUGGACAAUGAGAAGGUGAAGUUUAAUGUGCUCAACGCAUUAAAGUUCCCAGAUAGUGAAGAUUGUCAACUAAACAGUAUUGAGUUUCCUGAAGAAGAGACUUAUGUAUGUGAGGUCCUCGCGUUGGAGGAAAACUUGAAAGAAUCAGAGCCGCCAAGUCUGAGUGAGCAACGGACAAAACUAACGCGUCCAUCACUUGAAGAACCACCAUAA